UUCACCUUUACGAUUUCAGUGGACUCUCGACUUAUGAGGACCAAGUGAUACCCAGUAACUCUCUCUCGACUCUCGGCCUCUCCAAAUCGAACUCGAAGUCUCUCUUCUUGAUCUACGCUGCCCUUUCCUCUCGAACUCGAAGUCUCUGGGUUUAAGUUCACAGUCGGUAUGCCCUCAGUGUUUCACCAAUGGAGCCCAGGUGGAGUUUAUAUUGGCUUUUAGUCCCACCACUGAUUGACUAGAUUCAAUUCGAAAGGCCCUACUUAGUUUCGCCAGUACGUGAACCUCUGGAUUGAAAUCACUGCUUAUAUACCCAAUAUCGGCCAUAAUUCAGCAUAAGCAAUCACUUAGUGGAAAAGGAAGUGACCGAGCAAUGACAACCACGAGGUUUCACGGAUCCUUUACUUGGUUCUGAAGUUUUGCUGCUAUCUCAACGAGCACUAGUUUAAUCAUGGAAAUUGAAGAGUGGGCUGCUUCCUCAGGUGGAUCAAGUGAUUCGGAAGUAACUGCACCUGAUAGCGACAGUGAGGAAAAUUGCUAUGCAUAUGGUGACUUACCCAAAUUGCAGUUUAGGAAAGAUACCUCCAAGGCUUGCUGGAAGGAAGAAUUGGGAAUGGCCGAGAUUGUUAGUAAUAAAGGCCGAAUGUGGACAACAACAGGGAUAGCGCGUGGUGGGAAAAUAUAUAUUUUUCUUGAAGAUAUAUUGUUUUUGGCAGAAAUAGGGGCAUUGCAUCUGUUAGAUGAUGAGGAUAAAUGUAUUCCGCUAGAAGAUAUUUACAAGAAGGUUGCAGAAGGCGUAGGUGGAUCUUCUUGGGAGUCGUUUGAGGUGUAUAGGCAUCUCAAGUCGCUGGGUUAUAUAAUCAAGAGGCAUGGUGUUUGUUGGAGCGUGAAGCGUGAUAAAAGAGUGCCUGCAUUUGUUGAAGGCGAAUCAGGAAGCCAAAGAAUCAUAAAUAACGGAAAUGCAGAUCUCAGUUCCAUAACUGCAACCACGGAAUUGUUCAGUGCCAUGCAGAUAACUGAACUGAGACCGGUUUUUGAUGUAUACCCACCUAACAGCAAGUUCAGAAAGUCCAAUCCGGGCAAUCCGAUCUUUGUUCUCUGCAUAAGCACCGGCAGCCCACCAACGAAGAAGCAAGUUGAGGAUCUUGAAGGAAAAUGUGACGGCGUUUCUCUGAAGUUCUGUUAUGUUGAACAUGGACGUGUAAGUUUCUUUUCUUUCAAUCAAAUUGAGCUUCCUGUUCUACCUUGACUUAAGCCGGAAUCGCUAGUAAUCGCUGGUCAGCCAUACGGCGGUGAAUCCGUUCACGUGCCUUUUUCUAUGAUUAUAAAUAAACAACUAUUCUCAUACAAUGAAGUUACAACCAGUAGCCUUCUUUUGCUCCGCAUGUACUAGUCAUAGAUGUUAAGCAACCAUAUUAUUA